CUUUUCGAUGCAUGCAGCAACAGUCCAACCUGUCUGACUCCUCACGCAGACGGUCAGGAUUUGGUUUUUAACUUCUAUCUUGACUUAUGACCGACUGACUGACUUCGAGUCAGUAUGCAGGUCUUUGAGUCUCGUGUUCUUCUAUCUGGCUGUCAUAGCAUGUCGGGGUAAAUUCCACCAGAUUUUAAAAAGAAAGUGUCUCCCCUCCUCAGUCCUCCCCUCUCCUAGAGUAGCGCGCGGUCAGCCUAGCAGUUCUCGGACCCUGACACACGCACAAAAUGCCUUCCGAGCCACUUUCCCAGCCACCUCCGACCACCUUCGUCCAUCCCAAUUCGACCGUCGUCACAAAUGAUGAUGCUUGGGCUGAGGCGGGCCCACUCAAAAUGCCCAGAUCGGACUUGACAGCGAUCCCCGACCAGGACCGGAGACUUGGAUCGACAAUAGCCGAUGGGCUUCUGACGAAUGCCAAUGUCUUAUCCCGCACGCACACUCGUAAUCGAUCUAGUGUGGAUGGGACUAAGUACAAGGACGGGCAAUGGUCGCCAGAAAAUGAGAAGAUCGUGCUGGGGCCCUAUGACUAUAUGCUCCAGCAUCCGGGCAAAGACAUCCGCCGUCAGCUCAUCAACGCCUUCAAUGUAUGGCUGAAGGUCCCUCCCGAGAGCUUGACGAUUAUCACUAAGGUGGUGGCCAUGCUGCACACCGCCUCGUUACUAAUCGAUGAUGUCGAAGAUAACUCAGUCCUCCGUCGCGGCAUCCCAGUAGCCCACAACAUUUAUGGCACGGCGCAGACGAUCAACUCGGCCAACUAUGUGUACUUCCUCGCUCUCCAGGAGGUGCAGAAGCUGAACAACCCAGCCGCCAUCGAUAUCUAUGUGCAGGAGUUGCUGAACCUGCACCGCGGCCAAGGCAUGGAUCUGUUCUGGCGGGAGACGCUGACCUGCCCGAACGAGGAAGAGUACUUGGAAAUGGUCGGCAACAAGACUGGGGGCCUAUUCCGUCUGGCCGUGAAGUUAAUGCAGGCCGAGAGUGGCGCGGGCAAGGACUGUGUGAGCCUGGUGAACGUCAUGGGUCUGGUUUUUCAGAUCUGCGAUGAUUACCUGAAUCUCUCCAGCGGUACAUACACCAAGAACAAGGGUCUCUGUGAAGACCUCACGGAGGGCAAGUUCUCCUUCCCAAUCAUUCACAGCAUCCGCGCCAGACCGGGGGACCAUCAGCUUCUCAGCAUCUUGAAGCAGAAGACCACCGACGAGGAGGUCAAACGGUACGCGGUCAGUUAUAUGGAGCAGUCAGGCAGUUUUGCGCACACGCGGGACGUCGUCCGGGAACUGCGAGAUAAGGCACUGGCGCUCAUCCGUGAGAUUGAUGGCGACGGUGCAAGCGACGAUGGGGCCCUGGUUCGCGCUAUUCUCAAUAAGAUUACAGAAUCAACGCUAGGAAGCUCCCAAGAAUCCAAACAAUAAGAUUUCGAUUUCUUUGUACCGACCCCAACGUGCUCUCGGGUCGUUGGACAGAUAAUUAUGCCUGCGGCACAUGUGGUCUAACAGAGUGAAGAUGAUGAAGAGAAAUUUUCAAUCAUGUCUAAUUACUUAGCGGCGCAGAACCAGAAAUUGCACAGGUGAUUCACAUUUCAAAUAUGGAUAUCUCUUUGUUUGCUUGCGAAAAGUGGGAAACAGAAAUGUGGUCAAAGAAAUCAUGUCGACCAUGAGCGACUUACCCCGCCCCCAGCAAGACUGCGCAAGACGCUUCCAGCCAUCCAGAUAGCCAAAACCGACCUUUUGGUCGCCAAGCGAGUAG